AUGACGAAGGUCUCCGACUAUCACCAUUUUGAUACAACCUACGAGUACGAGUAUGUUGCAACCAAGAAACAUUACGUGGAGUAUGUGUUUCUUGACCUUUCAGAUACACUGUCAUUCGAGCCUGCCUUCGACAUGCCCGUUGUCAAUGUGACAAUAAACGAAGGUGAAACCGCCAUAUUGCCUUGUUCUGUCAGCUAUCUCGGAGAUUACCAGGUUGUCUGGACAGAUCAAUGGUCAACUCUGCUGACAUUUGAAGACAGGCGUAUCAUUGAUGACAGGAGAUUAAGCAUUGAGAGACCCUUAACAAAAGACUGGAACCUUCACAUACGGAACACAAAGAGGAAUGACCAAGGAACAUACAACUGCCAAGUGAAUACGACACCAGUCAAAAUAAAAACGGUCAUGCUUACAGUUGAUGUGCCCGCAAAGAUCCUGCAGGAUUAUUCAUCCGAGGACAUGACAGUAAAGGAAGGAGAAACAGUCACGUUACAAUGCAACGUCAGUGGCAUACCUAUGCCAAACGUAACGUGGACAAGGUAUACGAUACAUCGUGAUGACGCACAGAAGAAGACCGAUCUCUGCCCGGGGACCUACAACAUUGGUGAACACCGUGAAAUUUUGAUGAUACAGAAUUCAAGUCGAGAGUGUUGGGGGAUUUACAAAUGUACAGCGUUUAAUGGCGUCCCACCGGCGGACACCCGAGAGAUUGGCGUCAUAGUUGAAUUUCCCCCUGAGGUGCUUCUGCCCAACAACAGGAUCGGUCAGUACCAAGAGAAAGAGACGAUUCUUGAGUGUGUCGUUACCGCCAAUCCCCAUGCUGUGAGUGUGUGGACUCGACACGGGUAUAAGAUCAACAACAGCGUCAAGUACAGAACCGACAUCUACAGGGACGGAGAAUACACCAUCACACUCAGCUUGAGGAUCCGAACGUUGGAGGCGGAUGACUUCGGAGACUACGUCUGUGAGGCGUCCAACGUGCAGGGUACGAGCCGUCAAGUCAUGACCCUUUACGAUUAUGCUGAAUAUCGCAGUAAAGUAGACGAAGAACAUAGUACAACCACCACAUUUGCCACCGUGAAGACAGACUGGAUCUCUAUACAGACAAGGUAUCCUAUCACUAGAAACAGGACUGGAUCUAUCCUUGUCAUGGAGAGCGGCAGACAUACUUCAAACAACAAUGGUGCACGAAAUGGUGUUGUUUUGGAGACCGGCAACUUCGUGGGUUCAGGUGGAAACCGAUUAACACAAUUCGUCUUUGUGAUAUGCAUUGCUGCGUUUCACGUUUAAUGAGCCUUGUAUGGUUCCACGGCUGUAUCUCCAGAGCCUUACAAAUUUUUCAAACCAUGGAAUAUUUUGGAGCGUUUCCAAAUGCUCCCAAGUGUAAACACAAGAGAAUUGUAAUGAAAAACAUCAAGUCUGAAUUCAUGCAGUUUCACACCAGCAACACCAUUUAAAGACAUGUGCUCAAACUUGUGAACAUGUUCAUCUUGCAGUUUAAACGCAUAUCGUAUGCAAAGUUCAUCAGUGCUUCAAGUUUGCUUCAGGGCUAAUCGAAGUAGUGGUUACAUUGAUGGCGAAAACAUAAUACAGCUCGUAUCCAUGUGUGGAUAUAAUGCUCAAUUUUUUCUUUACAUUCAGGUGAUUUUGUGAUAUACAUUUUAUCUUUGUAGUACCCUUUCAUGACCAACGUAUAAUCAAAUCACCCAGGUGAGCUAUAGUUCAAAUUUACAGUCAAAUAUGCUUUGGAGUCGUAUUGAUUGUCGAUUAAGGAAAGUAUUUUAUGUCAGGCAGGAUUUCAAUCUACAAACGGUAUAUAAACAUUUUGAACACUUACUUUAUGCUACAAUGUUUAACUUAAAGAGCAGGUUCAUGUUUGGAAGGUUCACGGCUAAUCGGGUUCAGGAUAAAACCGUAUGGAUGGGAUAACCUUGAGAUUAAAGUGUUCGCAUGUCCGACCUACACCCGGCUGACUGCGUAAUGCACAUUUCUUGUAUUCCCGGUCCGGAUUUUGCUGGGAUGUAGCUGAAAGAGGCACAAAAACCCAUACUGACCCAAUUACAACGAAGCCAGCUGUUGAUUUUGUCAAUUUUGAAACAUCUAAUGGACACGAUCUAAAAAGACAUUUUUCAUAAAUCUUUAAACAGUUCUCGAUGUUCUUUUAUGAUGCCUAAGGUCACAGUCUCGUGCUUUGCAUAACCAUAUAAUAAAUACAAACGUGGAUUGGUGUCCAUGUGGUGAAUAUGUUUGUGCACAAAACGAUGUACAUACCCCAUGUAAAUACGAGCUUUGCUUUUAGUGUUGUAAGUACUUUUAAUCUGUAUAAGUGAGCCCUCUCGUACCCCCUUGCUUUAAACCCAUGAUUUAGUUUUGUAUGUAUUCAGAUGAAAGGCGUUAGAUAUGGUGUCUCGUAGAUAGCAUAAGGUUGGCGAAGGUACAUGUUUUUGAUAUCACUUUUAUGCACUCGUGUAUGUGGUGGAGGACACUGACAUUCCUUGACGCAAUCGUACUUACAAGGACAUUGUAUUGUUUAACGUGAAUGAGUUCAGCUCCGUUGUGAACUUUUAUUACAUAUGUGGACACUUCGUAUAUGUUAUUUGUCAUAUAUUUGGAUACAGCAUUGGACUAUAUUUUGGCAUCAUAUAAAAGUAUACUUUGACAGAAAAGAUACACCUCUUAUGAACUGUCCGAUAUGCGUAACCGUUAAUACUGUCAAUUAAUAUGUGAACGUUUUAUUUUCGUGUCCUUUGACUGUACCUUCUUUUGCAAUAAAUAUCCUUUUUGAAACGUUAUAUAUAGUCAUUAAUCAGUCAUGACCAAUCCAGAGGAUUCCUAUCAAGUUUUGAGUAAUUUCCGCGAUCUUGUGGGGUACCUAGAAUUAAUGUGUUCGCUUGAUAUUCACAAGUCCUAGGUUCGUCUCAACAUGGGUAAACGCUUGGUAUUUUUAGUAUGCCUCGGGGAGAUAUUGGUGCCAAAUUAUUAUGUUGAAAGCGACGCGAAGCUCUUCGGGUACAUCAUAAUGACUUGUGCAGUGAGACAUGUUUGGCUGCCACACGUCACAGAAAGUGUCCAUAUAACUGGCUUGUAGUGUUGAAGGUAUGGAAGUCUGACGUGUCCUGGUCUAAAGGCACAUGCCACAACCAGCUGCAACUGACGGGAAACAUGCAUCUCACGACCAUACUGGUCACCUUUCAGCAUUCAUCGUCUGAAUUCUCUAUUUAACUAUAUUUAAUAUUUGCUGAUCUGUUGUGUCCGAAUACAGUUGUUUAUUA